CUGCCGCGCUCGCCCGCUCCUCCCGGCUCAAGUCCUCCCGGGACUACUUGCCCGCCCCGCGAGAUUCAUCCGCACCACAGGCGGCCCCCAGCGUGUCUGUGGGGAAGGGGCCGCUCCGCGCUGAGUAGAGGGAGCCGUGGCUCCGCGCCCGCCGCUCCCCGCCCGCCCUUCACGCUUCGGGCGUCGGGGUUUUGGCGGAACCGAGGGCGGGAGCCUCUCCCCGCUGCCUCGUCUGGCGGCCGUCGAACCCCGGACUAUUUUCCGCGGCGGAGGCAGCGGGGUGUGAGAGGUUCGACGGCGGAGGGGGCCGCUGGCGGUGCCGGGUUCGCACCUCAGGAGUGGGCGGGCGGCAGGUCCGGGAGGGGUGUUUACGCCGGCUCUGCUCCCCUUACCUCAGGUGCGACGUCCUGGCCGUGGCCGCACAAACUCUGCUGUCCGCACACCGCGGGGACAAGGAGGUGACCGAGAGGCGGCUGGGGGGGGGGAGACCCACCGCUCCCUGAGCCGCGCAGAGCGUCCUCCCCUUCCUCCGGCGGCAUGGGCUGCGCUGGGCUGCUGCGGGUGCUGCUGCUUCUUGUCUGCCUGGGCACGGAGCCGGCGAGCGGGGGUGGAAAGAAGUCUUACAAUGGGCCAUGUGGGGGCCGUGACUGCAGCGCUGGAUGCAAAUGUUUUCCAGAGAAGGGCGCAAGGGGUCGACCAGGACCGAUUGGGAUUCAAGGACCAAUAGGUGCUCCUGGAUUUACUGGUCCAGAAGGUUUGCCAGGAGCAAAAGGUGAGCGAGGAGCAGUGGGCCCCCCUGGACCACCUGGACACAAAGGCAUCAAGGGCUCAAUGGGAGUUCCAGGAUUUCAAGGAAUCAACGGGAUCCCAGGUCACCCUGGCCAGUCUGGACCCAGAGGUCUGCCUGGCCUUGAUGGCUGCAAUGGUACCAUUGGGAGUCCUGGUGUUUCUGGAACAGAUGGAUUUCCUGGCAUUCCUGGGCUGCCGGGUCGUCCUGGCCCAAAAGGUCUUAAAGGAGAACCUGUUUUUGCUCAAGGCAGCCUUAAAGGAAUGAAGGGAGAAAAUGGUCUUCCUGGAUUGGAUGGAAUUUCUGGCCCAAAAGGUUUUCCAGGUCCAACAGGUCCUGCAGGCCCUAUAGGAUUACCAGGUUUGCAAGGUCCAGUGGGUCCCCCUGGGCCACCAGGUCCAAAAGGUAAUAUGGGAUUAGGCUUUCAAGGAGAGAAAGGAGAAAAGGGCGAUGUAGGACUGCCUGGCCCUCCAGGUCCCCCACCAUCCACUGGAAUACUAGAAUUCAUGGGAUUCCCCAAAGGGAAGCAAGGAGAAAAGGGUGAGCCAGGCCUUCAAGGAUUGCCUGGAGAAAAAGGAUUGCCUGGCCUGCCGGGCUUUGGAGGUGUUGGAGAAAAAGGAGAAAAAGGUGUGCCUGGCUUGCCAGGUGGCAGGGGUCUUCUGGGACUGGAUGGAUCGGAUGGGAUUCCAGGGAGAAAGGGUCAUCCGGGUAUUCCAGGCUAUCCAGGACUGGAUGGAGUUGAAGGCACAAAGGGCGAAUUAGGUGACAUCGGUCCCCCAGGCCCUCCUAUCAUUGUUGACAGGGAAGGUGUAGUCAUUUCAGGUGCCCCAGGUGACCCUGGAAACCCAGGAAUACCUGGUCCUCCAGGAGAUGAAGGGGGCAGUGGUUUACCAGGCCUUCCGGGAGCUCCAGGGUUUCCAGGCCUGGAGAGAGAUGGAAUGGGCCUCGGAGGGUCUCCAGGGAUUCCAGGUGUGAAGGGUGAAAUGGGAGAACCAGGAAGAGCAACAAUUGGAUUACCAGGCAGUCCUGGUAGAGGUGGUUUACCGGGUCUGCCAGGAGCACCAGGAUUGCCUGGCUCAUCACGCCCUUCAUUCCUCCCGGGCGCAAUCCUGGAUGGAAGGACUGGGGUCCCCGGAGAGCCUGGACAGAGAGGGCUUCCAGGAGCGUUGGGUCCAAAGGGAUACAAAGGAGAGGCAGGUGAUUGUGCUUGUGAUGGAGGAGUUACAAGACCUGGUGUAAAAGGCAUCUCAGGUCCACAAGGUCCAACGGGAAUCCCUGGCGUGCCUGGGAUCAAGGGCAUUAGUGGAGAUCCAGGCACUGUGGGCGCGCCAGGACUGCGAGGCCCUCUGGCUUCAGCUGGCCAGCAAGGUCUUCCAGGCCUUAAGGGAGAAAAAGGAGAUUCAAUCUAUGCAACAGGCAGAGGUGCUCGUGGGGACCGUGGUGCGACGGCGCCCAGAGGACCUUCAGGCAUCCCAGGAACUCCUGGCAGGGAUGGACUUUCAGGUUUGCCAGGCCCGCCAGGCCCUCCGGGGGAUGGUGCGCUGGGAUUCCCAGGGGAAAAAGGACUGCCAGGAUUACCUGGCACCAAGGGCCAUCACGGAGAGACUGGUUCUCCUGGCGUUGGAUAUCCAGGUCCUAGUGGAGUUCGUGGGCCGCCAGGUGACCCAGGGCUGGAUGGCCUUCCAGGACAAGCAGGUCUUCCAGGACCCCCGGGUAUCACCUUGCCCUGCAUAGUCCCUGGAGCGUAUGGCCCCCCUGGGAUUCCCGGCUUCCCAGGAUUGCCAGGUCCCAAAGGCAGCAAAGGCUUUCCUGGCAUUCCAGGGCAACCUGGGUUACAUGGGUCAAAAGGACAGCCAGGGUCUCCAGGAAUAAUUGGCUUACAAGGGGAACCCGGCUUCCCUGGACCUCGAGGAGAGCAAGGGUCCCAAGGACUUCCAGGACUGGAUGGGACAGAUGGUUUGCCUGGGAAGAUGGGUCCUUCAGGCUUAGCUGGAACUAAAGGAGCUCCUGGAGAUGUGUUUGGUGCUGAGAGUGGAGCCCAGGGAGAGCGUGGCCGACCUGGACUCCCAGGUGAUAAAGGGCUUGCAGGUGAUAUUGGAUUUCCAGGACCAAAAGGGCUGGAUGGGAGACCAGGCCUCCUAGGUGUUAAAGGUGAAGUGGGGAAUCCAGGCUAUUCCGGUGUCCCUGGAUUGCGAGGACCUCCUGGCCCUGGAGGUCUUUUUGGCAUUAAGGGAAAACCAGGACCGUUGGGAUCGGUUGGCCUGGUGGGAGCUCCAGGCUGUCAAGGGCUUCCUGGAGUCAAAGGAUUGACUGGGGAUGUAGGUCCUCAAGGUCCUGCCGGAAUGAAAGGCUUCCCGGGGCUUGAUGGUGCUCCAGGAUCUCCUGGAGAAAGAGGAUUCUUGGGGCCACCUGGGCCUUUUGGUCAUGAUGGACGUCCAGGUUUCUCUGGGCCAAAAGGUGAGAAGGGAUCUUCUGGCCUGCUUGGUUUCCCUGGCAUGCCAGGCCUGCCUGGUGUCCCCGGGGUGAAUGGGUUUAAAGGAGCUCCUGGCGCAGCUGGAGGAAAAGGAAGCCCUGGAGUUCUGGGACUGCAAGGUCAAAAAGGUGACAGAGGCGAUGUAGGUCCACCUGGUCUUCCUGUUCUUGGGCCUCCAGAACAGGCACUGCAAUUCAAAGGAGACAAAGGAGAUCCUGGAUUAGCUGGACUUGGAGGAUUCCCAGGACCUAGAGGUGAUAAAGGAAUCCCAGGAAGCCGUGGACAGCCGGGUCUUCCUGGACCUGCUGGGUCAGCAAGCAGAGAGAGAGGUUUUCAUGGUGAGCCAGGCUUCCCUGGUCCAUCUGGACAGCCUGGGCUGCCAGGACAGAAGGGUGCACGUGGUAUCAUAGGAUUUCCAGGAAUGCCAGGAGAGAGGGGUUCAGAUGGUAUCACAGGACCGCUUGGAUUCCCAGGACCUGUUGGCCUCCCUGGUCCAAAGGGUGACCAGGGAGAGUCUCUUGGCGUUCCUGGCAGUGCUGGAGUGAAAGGAGAGCGAGGGGACCCAGGCUUCCCAGGGGAGAGAGGGAGAGAAGGGCUCAAGGGUGAAGCAGGCUACCCAGGAAGCACUGGAGUGAAUGGGCUCAAAGGUGGCCCAGGAGACGUUGGCCAAGAAGGACCAGCAGGAAUUCCUGGAAAUGCUGGCCUGAGAGGAAUCCCUGGGCCACCAGGGCCUCCAGGGCAGCCGGGAUCUGUCGGAUUCCCUGGAGCUCGUGGAACAGCAGGACCCAAAGGGUUUCAUGGAUUUCCAGGUUUAAAUGGUCUGAAUGGCUUGCCAGGCACAAAAGGGUCUCCUGGAACACCAGGUCUGAGUGAAGUUGGACUGAAAGGCCCUGCAGGUCUCCCAGGUGUGAAGGGUGAAGAAGGUUCUCCAGGCUUGGGUAGAGGUGCUCUAGGAUUUCCGGGACCAAAAGGCUCAUCAGGAGACAUGGGUCCCCCAGGUCCUGUGGGACUGCCAGGCUUGCCAGGAACUCCUGGCGUUUCUCUUCCUUCUGAUAUACGUGGGAGGCCUGGGGAUGCUGGCCAUCCAGGACUUGAUGGGAGCUCAGGUCCUCCAGGUCCUCCAGGACCACGAGGGCCCCCUGGACCAGCUUCUGACCAAGGUGACACAGGCAAUCCAGGUUUCCCUGGUGUGCUUGGCUUGCGAGGCAUUAAGGGCGAUGUGGGACCCACUGGUCCAAUCGGGCUCCCUGGAGUGUCUGGAUUCAAAGGUGUAAGAGGUGAGCCUGGACUUAUGGGGAUGCCAGGUAAAGAUGGGCCUCCAGGGGAUCCUGGUUACCCUGGCCUGAAAGGUGAAAUGGGCCGUCGAGGUCUCCCUGGCCGACCAGGGGCUCCAGGUAUAACCCCACAGCCAGAAGAAGUCACAGCCCCUGCAGGCUUACCUGGUCUGCCAGGGAUUGAUGGUGUGCCUGGCUUUGAUGGAGAUCCUGGGUUCCAAGGCCCGGUUGGAAAACCAGGUACAAAAGGUCUGCCAGGCAGAUCUGGUCUGAAAGGACGUGAUGGUUUACCUGGAUCGCCUGGCAUCGUUGGGGAUCCAGGACCUGUGGGUACCCCAGGACCACAGGGAUUUGAAGGUGUCGCUGGAAAGCCAGGCUCGCUUGGUUUGCCGGGAAUGCCGGGUCGGAGCGUGGGCGUUGGGUACACAUUAGUGAAGCACAGCCAGUCAGACCAAAUCCCACCUUGCCCCAUAGGAAUGAACAAGCUCUGGGAUGGCUACAGCUUACUGUAUGUGGAGGGGCAGGAAAAAUCACACAACCAGGAUCUUGGUUUUGCUGGCUCCUGUUUGCCUCGCUUCAGCACCAUGCCUUUUAUUUACUGCAACAUCAACGAAGUGUGCUACUACGCCAGCCGAAACGACAAGUCCUACUGGCUCUCCACCACUGCUCCCAUCCCCAUGAUGCCGGUGGACAGCACGCAGAUCCCCCAAUACAUCAGCCGCUGCUCAGUCUGUGAAGCGCCCUCGCAGGCUGUGGCCGUGCACAGCCAGGAUAUCACCAUCCCCCAGUGUCCCCUCGGUUGGCGCAGCCUCUGGAUAGGAUACUCCUUCCUCAUGCACACAGCUGCUGGUGCAGAAGGUGGAGGUCAGUCCCUCGUCUCACCUGGUUCUUGCCUGGAGGAUUUCCGCGCUACUCCAUUCAUUGAAUGCAACGGUGCCAGGGGGACGUGCCAUUACUUUGCAAACAAAUACAGCUUCUGGCUCACGACCGUCGAACAGUCACAGCAGUUUGUCAGUGCCCCUCCCUCAGAAACCCUGAAAGCAGGACAGCUUCGAACAAGGGUGAGCCGCUGCCAGGUGUGCAUGAAAAACUUGUAACAAAAACGCACAAAAAUAACUCGUUACCUAAGAGUAGGUAGCACUGAUGUGAAGAAGGAUAAAUUCAAACUGGUUUUGUGCGUGCUCAAUGAAUUCAUCAAGACAGCCAGAAUUCCACAAAAAUCAAGGGUUGAGUCCAGGAGUCUGCACGCAGAGAAGGGAAGACCAGUGCUCUGAAACCUGUUUUUUGGAACAUGGUGCUAUGCUUUUACUUUAAUGUUGUUUGGGUUAUUUUUCCUCAUUUAUGGCUACCUCAGAAAGCCUCUGCGAGUUCCUUAUUCAGACUGAAGACUAACUGCUGUCUCGUGUUAUACCACUCCUCUGUCCAAGGCACACACCAGCCAUCAAGAGAGACUUCUCAGAAGUUACGCUUUAUGGUGUCUUUGCAAACAGUAUUUGGCCUAGUGUAUGGGAAUGAAGACUCAUUCUCCUAUGAAAUACAGAACUAGCUAGAAUUUAUAAUGCAUUGUAGACGACUUAGCAUCAAUGCCUUAAACAUUAAUGGUUGAUAACUGACUUCAUUAGGAGUCAAAAGAUGAAUUUGUUUUGCUUUGCUCGUUCAACAGAUGGGACGUUCUUUGGCUUUUUGAUAGGUGAUCAACUGUAAUCCAGGCUCAUAUCCAUGGUUGACUUAUAAGAGCUCUCCCAGUGAAAAAUACACCUUUUGAUGUGGAAUCCAAAACACCCCUAGCAUUCUUCAUAGCUUUCUGUUGAGAUAUAUUCCAGGUAAAAUGUCUGCUUCAGGGUUUGUGCUUAUCUGUGUGCAGGCAGAAACCCUUCAUUAUUAUGAACAUAAAUCUUCUUUCUGAGGUAGCCUUGGCACAGUUAUCUUCUAAUUAUUCAAGCUGUGUGUAUUUAAAAAGUAGAGGCUUACUAAAUAGCACGCAGGCUUAUGCAAACACAGAAGAAAGCAGUUAUGAGGUGUACAUUUUUACUUCUGCAGCCACGAUCCAUUGUAUUCUUCUUCUUCUAGGCUUUAUUUCUGUCAGUUUAAAAAACUGUAUUUCUGUUGUAUGCACUGUUAAGCAGUCCCAGUUACUUUCAGGGCAUAAUUAAAGAGAAAUGUUACUAACUGUAUCAUCCUUACAUAUUUUGAGGGAAAGCCAUGAAAAAAGCAAGUGAACGUAAUGUAUAUCAUGAAUUCAUUUCGUUGGGCGAAAGCUGUUACCCAUCUUUCUUUCUAGAGGGAAGCAUACGAAAAAUCCUUGUAAACUGACAUUCCAUGACAUUUAAAAGAAGUGCCUUGAAAAUACACUAUCACCUUGGCAUAAAGAUUGUAAAGAUAUUUCAUUUCAGAAAAUUACUACUAAUACAAGACCGAGACAUUAUUUUAAAGUGUUACUUCUUUACUAGGUUUUAGAGCUCUAGCUCUAUCCAGCAAACGAUUUAAGAAAGUGCUUAGUUUUAAGCAGGUAAUGUUUUUACCUUGGAGGAAUUUGAACAAGGUGAUCGAUAAGGUCACAACCCUUCCAACCCAAACAGUGGUUUUUGGAUUUGGAUUUUGCAUAACUAGGAUUUUGUAGAUUAUUUAUAUGCAUAAUGUGAUGUUACCUUUCCAGAUCAGGGUCAGAGAGCUCUGCUUAUUUAAGAGCUGAAUCACGGUUUAGUCUUUCCUUUAACAUAUUCCUACUUCUGAAAGACCUGCAACUGCUUUGGAUGUAUUUUGCAAAUAUUUUUAAGGCAUUUUAACACUCCUGAGUGACAAUCCUUUUGUGCACAGUAUCUCAUCUACUUCUUAGCUGUCCUAGCACAGACAGAUCAUACGGUAUGUGCAUCUUGGUUUAAGCAAAUGCAACUUAAAAAAACUGUCUGCACCCAGUAAAGCUCACAGUUUUUUGAAAAUUUCUGAAAUUAACUCUGGGAAACUCCAACAGGGACUUGGUUUUAUUUUUGAACAUGGAUGCAUGCAAAUGUGUGUUUUGAUUAUUAUUUUUUUUUCCAGUAUCAGAGCUUUAUGCAUUUUAAGUGCCAGUAUCUUUAGGGAACUACCUCUCUUGCAGUAAGCUGGCUCUGUUGAUACCAAUACCCAACCUUCCGUCAAGUUCAACAAACCCAGCCUGUUCCUGCUCUGUUUACACAUACGCUAUUCUCAGUCAGGUACCGAGGGUGUGAAUUCCUAUCACCAGGCAUUCUUCCAGCAGCCCUAUUUUCAGAAGUCUGGUUACCCCAACCAGGAACACUUCUUCAAGAAGUCUGCAGGGCCUCACAAGCUUUUGCUGCAUGCGGAGGGCUUGGCCCUGAAGAGUUCUUGAAUCUCCUCAAAAACCAUGCAGCUAAUCCCUGGAGAGAGAAGGAAGAAAAUUAUAUUUCUUUCUACAUUUGUGGUUUCCAAACUGUAGUUAAUAAACAUUAAACAAGAUUAAAGAGGAUCUCGUUAACUCUUUUGUUUGAAAAAACACUGGCCCUGAUCGAGAGGUGUGAGUGAGAGGAGACAGUAUUCAGUAUUUCUCUAUGCUGUCAUUUAUUGGUGAAGAUGAAAGUCUGCAAUUCAUGUUCAUUACACUAGCAUGACAAAAUGACCACAAGUGGGACUGUCUGGUAGUGAAAAGGAACUUUAGCACGGAUUAAAAAUCUUUGCCUUUCUUUAUUCUGAACUGUUUUUCUUAUGGCUGCUAGAGAGAUGCUCUGCCUUAGAAAUAAAACUGCCCAGCGUGUUCUGAUAAACCUGUAGAGUUAAGGCACUUCUACCAAAACAGAUUUCAAAAGGCAAAAAGUCAAAGAGCAACAACUCAGUAAUCUGUGUACGCUUAUAUAUUAAGUUUUAAGAUAACCUGGUUUAUAUUUAGUUCACACAAAUUAACAAAACAUAGCAGCAUACAACCUAAGAAAAGCUUAAGAAAUUUAUUAGAUGCACAGAUAAAGUGCUGUAACAGAGAAACUUGUGUAAAUCUAUAUUAAAAUAAAUAAGGUACAGUUAAACCACCUUUGACUCAUUUUAACUCUGAAAGAAAUCACCUAAGUUUUAAUAAUUUGAAUUUUAAGGUCAAGGUGAAAUAUUCCAUAACGGUAACAGUGGUUGUGAUCUGUAUCAACUACUUGAGUCUCCUGUUCCUCUUGAGGUCUCCCAGAAACAGGAAGGCUAUUGCAAAAUGUAUACAUUAGACAUAGUUCCUUUUACAGAAACAUUUUUGUAAUAGUCUGGUUGCUCAAAUACAUGUUAAAAUAUUUAACACGGAAACAAUUUUCUCCUGAUCCAGUCGAUCUUUUAAACAAGACAAUGUAUUUUUCCUAUGAUGCAGCCCACAGGAGGGAACAGAAGUAAACAUCCUCCUUAACUGAAGACUGUUUUGCUUUAAGAAUUAAACUAUUGCAUUAUUA